AUGGCAGCUCGAACGAUUCAUGAUAAUGUCAAUGACCUUGUUAAAAGGACUAUUCUCAAGAUAGAGAAGAUUCUAAGAAGACUUCCGCAGAAGGGCGACAGAGUUGAUGUGAUUACUGCUAGCGCUCGUGAUCGCUACAAUCAAGCUGAUUCAGUAAGAGAAAAUAGAAACGCAUCUGUGCUGCUUAUUGACCAAGAAUCAAGCAAUUCUCCUUCGACAUCCAACUACUCGCAAACAGUGCGACUAAAUGACAAACCUCGCCAUAUGCACAAAGCUACGGGCCACAUAUUGUCCGACUCGGUACGCGUUACACCUUUGAAUAAUAUGGAAGGUAUGGUCAUCAACAUGUUAUUGUGCCUUAAGAAAGAACGCUCCUAUAGUACACAACUGAUCGACAUUUGCAUUGAAUGCCCUGACUUUAGGGCGCAUCGGAUUUGUGUAGAUGGUCGUUGGUAUAAUAUCGAGUAA